AUGUCUGUGCCAUUAGAACAAGGCUAUGGUGGUGGUGAGGUUCCUUUAAUGGAAGCCACUGAGAGGAACAUUGGAUUGAACCUCAAAGCUACUGAACUGAGACUUGGGUUACCUGGCUCUGAGUCACCGGAGAGAGAGAAUGGUGGGUUGUCCAUGCUCAAGUGUUUGGUGUCUGGAGCUAAGAGGGGCUUCUCUGAUGCUAUAGAUGGAGGUUCUGGGAAAUGGGUUGUGUCUGGAAAUGGUGGAUCUGAAGUGGGGUUGUGUAAAGAUGGAAACUUGUUUUCUCCUAAAGGGAAAAAUGGUGUUGCUGUUGGUGUUGAAUGCAACAACCAACAGAAUCUUUUUUCUGGAACUGUUGUUAAGGAAACUGUUCCUCACUCUCCUAAGACCUUGCAUGAGAAUAAUAAGCCACAGAUUUCUCCUCCUUCUGCUAAGGCGCAGGUUGUAGGAUGGCCACCAAUCCGAUCUUUCAGGAAGAACUCAAUGGUUUCUCCGCCUCAAAAGAAUGAUGCUGAUGCAGAAGCCAAAUCUGAUUGCCUUUAUGUAAAAGUUAGCAUGGAAGGCGCACCAUACUUGCGGAAAGUGGAUCUGAAUGGUUUUAGCUCUUACAGGGAACUUUCAUCCGCACUCGAAAAGAUGUUCAGCUGUUUUACAAUCAGUCAAUGUGGCUCGUACGGGGUUUCUAGUCAAGAAAAAACUUUAAGCGAGAGUAGAUUGGUGGAUCUUCUUCAUGGUUCAGAAUAUGUGCUUACUUAUGAAGACAAGGACAGUGACUGGAUGCUCGUCGGUGAUGUUCCGUGGGAGAUGUUCACCGAAUCUUGCAAGAGGCUGAGGAUAAUGAAGAGUUCUGAAGCAAUUGGGCUAGCACCUCGAGCCAUGGAAAAGUGCAAAAGUCGGAACUAG